UUUAUCUUUGAAAGAAAAACGAAAAUCUCUUCAAUAAUAUGAAAUUAAGAUUCUUCUUCUGCAAUUAGGGUUCUUGUUCUUCAUUGGAUCCCAAAAAUGCAUCUACUGGAUCUCAUCUCAGUUCAAUCAAUACACCAAUACAUCUACACUGUUUCUCAACUCCCCACGCGAAUUUCCCAAACCCAAAUCCUUCCCGUUCUUCACGAAUCCCUUUGACAUAAUCGAAGAAGAUAUCAUCGUCUUCCCGGUCAUCGACGACGACAUUUACCAUCACCAUCGUUUUUCUCUUCACAAUCACCCCUUCUUUCUCAGUUCCAAUAUUCUCCAAUACGCAGAAGCCAAAACCCCCAAUUUUUUUCAUUGACAAAAAUCAGAAACGAUACACAUAUCCUAUCUGAUUAUUCAGCUGAAGCUGGGACUAGUGCAAGUGAGAAUUUUGAUAGUGUUGUUGUUGAUUAUGUUGAUCAUAGAGAAGGAGGGUAUUCUCCUAAGAUAGAGAUUGAUCCGGUUCUCGGGGUUGCGAGGCCGAACCGGGAUGAUGAGACUGAACUAGAUUUUGCGUCCAAGCAUGGAGUUAGAAGGAGUGAGAAAGAUAGGUUUUUGAGGUCAAACUAUGCCUUGAAUGGGAUAGUAGGGAACGAAAAUCAGAGGAGCAAAAAUGGGGUUGAACCUGUUUUGGAUUAUGGUGAUAAAAAAAAUUGAUUUAAGAGGGAAUGGUGAUACUAAUGGAGUGGUGAAUACUUGGACUUGGAGUCGCUGCGGUUGCUCCAAUGCCAGAGAAAAAGAAGGAAGAGGAAGGUGUAAAUAAAGGAGAUGUUAAGGUGAAUCUGUAUGCAGAAGGGGAGGAGCCUGUUGAUAAAGAAUGGCAGAGACCAUCUGGAAUGAAGUAUGGACUCACAGAAAAUCCUGGUCUUGGAUACAAUAUCUUGUUAUGGCUGUGGUUUGACAUUGCCAUGCAAAACCAUGAAGAAGGUUAAGGAUUCAAGCUGUGCUCCUCAGUAUUAUUGUAAAUCUUGUGCAAAGUUACUUAAAUCGAAACAAUAUUGUGGCAUUUGCAAAAAGAUUUGGCACCAUUCAGAUGCUGGUGAUUGGGUAUGCUGUGAUGGUUGUAAUGUUUGGGUGCAUGCUGAGUGUGACAAAAUUUCUAGCAAACUUUUGAAGGAUCUGGAAAAUAUAGAUUACUAUUGCCCAGAUUGCAAGGGAAAGUCGGAUUGUAAAUUAUCAGCAUCACAAACAUACAAAUCAAUAAAGUAUGUAGUAAUUAUCUAUUGCUUCCUUUUCAAGUGCCUCAUAUCAGAGAAGGGAAGGUUGUGUAUGUGGAAGACAUAGCUGAGGGACUUGAUAAAGGCCCUGCAGCAUUGGUCGGCAUCUUUAAGGGUCAGAAUGUUGGCAAACAAGUGCUUGUUAUUGCUCGUGAAUGAAUGGCUGAUGCUUUCAUUUGAUUUAUUUUUUGUGUUGAAUAACAAGCCCUCUU